AUGAUGAAGCACCAAAGAAGCACCAAAUGAAGAAACAAAAGAAGAAACAGAAGAAACAAAAGAAGCAUCAAACAAAGCAUGAAAAGAAGAAUAAAAAAGAGCACCAAAAGAAGUACCAAACGAAGCACUAAAAGAAGAAGCAAAAGAAACACCAAAAAAAGCACAAAAAGAAGCACCAAACGAAGUACCAAAAGAAGAAACAAAAAAGAGCACCAAAAGAAAUCAAAGAGGCAGCAAACAAAGCUAACUAGAAAUAGCAAAAGAAAUGAGAGAUUGGCGAAUAGCUAG